AUGGGAAAGUUCUUUGCAGCGAUUUUGCGUCCUUUUAUCAAUUUCGGUUUGGAGGCACGCCUGGAGAAGUUUUGGCGCAACUCAGCGAAAGGCAAAAAGGUGGCGUCAAAGCACUACGAUCAAGACACAGAAAUGCUGAAGGAAAUGCAGACGAAGCACCCAGAGGUGAUACAGAUUCUAGAACGGAAGGAUGAGAACCUCGACAUGAACCUGAAAAAACUGGCCCUGAAGGAAUCUGUAGAAAAAAGUCCUAUGGCUGAUUUGCGACACUCU